AAUAAACACUUAAAAACACGUGUACAAACUGAUGUUUAUAAACUAAUUAAUUAUGACAAGAUUUGGAACGAUGUUCGACAACCGUGAAUUUGGAAAACGAAUACGUCGAUUAAUUGAUGGAAAUUAUUCCUAUCGCAAGAUACUUGUAUUAUUUAUCAUAUGUAGUGGCAUAUUUUUGUAUUUUGGUCCAUCUUUUGUGCAAUGGAUGUUUUCUUCUACUAGAGAAUCAACACAAGCAUUUGAAGAUCGUUGUAUGAAUGAAAGAUUAGGUGCCUUUCGUUUAGAUAUUGGAGAAUACAAUGUAAACGUUCUCCAUAAUCCACCAAAGGAAAAAGAACAUCAUUAUUUGCCAUAUAUUGGCAAUGGAGUUUUUGCAAUUCCUAUUGUACCAGAGGCUUUAAUAUAUAUAAAACGAGGACGAGCACUGUCAUUGCCCAUACAAUGGCAACCAUUAAUUUCUCAUCCUUUACCAAGGAACACUUUCUAUCGUGAAGCUACGAUUACUCACUUUACAAAUGGGAUUGUUUAUCACUAUCAAUGCCUUAGAGAAGGAUAUUAUAUAGAGUUUCAAUAUUAUGCUCACAGAGUAUUUGAUACAAUACUUGUACAAGAUAUAAAAAUAACUAAUCCACUUUCACUUUCUCAAAAUGUACUAUUGAAACCACAGGUGUCCACACAUUGGAGCAAUUCACAUAUAGAAGUGAUCAAAAUUCAUGUAGAUAAUGUUAUGCAUGAUUAUAACUUAAUUUCGGGUUUUGUUGCACAAUCUAAUUCAAACAAAAUUGUGUCAAUAUCAAUACUUUAUAAAGUUCCACCAAGAGUAUUACAAAUUAAAGCAAGAAGUUCUAUGAAAUUAAAGUUUUUGACAAGUAUACAAUAUAGUGAACCCAUAAUUAUGGAAGAUUACCAAACUCAUUAUGAAUUGACCAAAAAAAAAGCUAUAGAGGCUAUAAAAAAAGCAAUCAGCAUUCAGCACCAAAAUUUGAAAGAUGACCAUAUUAAUCUUUGGCAAAGUUAUUGGUAUACAGGCUUUAGAAUAAGUGAUUCUAAAGCUGAUGGAGCUAUUAAUGGUCAUAAAAUAAAUUCCACCAUAUAUUACAUUUUAUCACAAAUUUCAAAGGGCAUUCCAGAUAUAGAAAAAAAUGUAGCCAUGUAUGAAGGUUGUUAUCGUGGGCAUCAUACUUUGAAUGCACCACGGUUAUGGAAGGAUACAUCCUCCAUAGAUGCAGUGAAUAAUGUAGUUGAAGCAUGGUUAAUAACACUAGAAAAGCAAGGAUGUCAUCAUUUAAUGACUGGUGAUCCAGCAGCAGUGCAACAAUCUAUUGUUUUAAGUCUUGGUAGUUUACGAUUUAGCAAUCAACAUCUUGAAUUUAACAUUGAUCCACAAUAUCUUCAUCGAGAUUACCUGUUUAGGAGAAUUAGUUAUGGUAAUAUAACACAUUUAAAUAUAUCAGUAACGGUUGGAGAAGACAAUCGAGCAAUUUUAAAAGUGGCUUUAGAUAAAAGUGAUAGUGUCUAUUUUGGCUGUGAUGCAGGGUGUCUAGAUGCCCCUGUCUCAUUAAGCCAAUCAUAUACAAAUUUUCCAGUGAAAUUAACAAAACCUUUAACAGCCAUAUUAUACAUAACAUCUGAUUAUCAACACAUGCAAGAUUUGCGAAAUGCUUUACAUGUACAUGCCAUAGAUGAUGCACCAGCACAUGAUCAUCUUGUAAUGGCUUUACAUAAACAUGGACACCAAUUAGGAGGACUACCAACACUUUUUUGGAUCAGUAUAUGCUUCCUCAUAAUUGUGUUUCAUUUGUUUCUUUGCAAACUUAUUAUUAACGAAUAUCACGGUCAUCAAGAUAAACAAAAAAUAAGAAUCACCCUCUGAAUUUUCUCCCAGGAGUAGCCCAAC